AUGGUAACUCGCGCAUCUUUAAAACGUAAAAGAAGAAAUUGUACUACGAAAAACACAACAGAAGCUAUUAUUUCACAUUCAUUAUCUAAUAAACGAACACAUUCAAAUGCUAAAUCUCAAUCAAUUACGAAUUCUUCUACUUCUACAUCGAAUGACCAUGGUAAUAAUCUUCAUGAUGAUGACGAGAGUGAUCAUGACAAUGGUGCACUAGUAAUUGAUUGCACAGUUCAACCUCAAUCAGAUUGUGCAUUAGUUGCAAAGCAGCCGGCUAUUGGCGGCUCAAAUGAAUCAAAUACAAAAACAGGUUCAGUUGUACUUGAUAUAAAUGAAGAAGAAGCUAAUUAUUCAUCUUCUUCAUUAACAAUUACUCCAACAACAAAUCGAAUUACUUCAUCUUAUGGCUCUCUACCUAACCGACCUGAACAUAAUAAUGAUCAACAUUGCUCACCAUCAACAACUACACGAAAAAUUAUGAAUCAAUAUUCUACCAUUUCAUCAUCUCCAAUUUCAACAAACUCGCCUAAUUAUUUUAAAAGAAAUGAUGCUCGACACACAAAUAAUCUUGAAUCGUCAAACAUUAACCGAAAUGUUUGUGGAAUAGAAAAAAAAACACGUUCUAUCAAUUCUCAACUCGUUUCAAAUUUAAAAGGCUUAAGUCAAUCUACUGUUACUACUGGAAAAUCUUCUAUUUCAUAUUUAUCAAUCGAUCCAUCUACACUCGAAUCAGUUCCUGAAUAUCGAAAUUUAAAACGAGAACUUGAACAUGAACGACAAAAAUGUACUACUUGGCCCGAUGAUUAUCGUAAACUUAAAGAUGAAUUUGAUAAAUAUCGCGUCACAUCGUUUCCUCGACCGUCCGUUGAUGGAUUAAAAUUUCUAUUAGAGUUAGUUGAAAAUCUAACUGUAUCAAGCACUGCACACGAUUUACGUACUCAAAGUGAAUUAGCUAAGGCAAUUGGCUUAACCGAAGACCAAUUGAUGGACUGCUGUCAUCCUAAUCCACAAAGAGCUGCUCUCCAAAUUUUCUCAAAAUUAUAUCCGACCUAUCGUGAUCGUGCAGAACUAAAGAAUAUCAAGUCAUUUUCAAAAAAUAAUUCAAAAUUAUUAAAUGAUAUACUGACUUUCUCACGUCCUUGCAACCCUUCCACUAAUUAUUGUAUUGAAAAAAUGCGUGAAGCUAUAGCCGGGUCUAUACGUCAAGCUAAGCAUCAACUAGUUAAAAUCGAAAAUUUUGAACUUAAAUUAUCAGAAAUUGGUAAUCUUCAUAAUGAUUAUGAAAAUGAUACCGAACAAGGCGACGAGGAUACAAUCACAAUAGAUCAACACGUGCAACACAACAAUAACACUCAUUCACAUGGUUCAUUUGAUGAAUUGGAUCAUUGA